AUGUCCAAAUGCUGCGGCCCCAAGGCCAAGGGCUGCUGCGGCCCUAAGAAGGACCCCCACGAGUUUGUGGAGGAGUACUACGGCAAGAUCUUGUCGUCCUCUAAGGACCUGAAGACCAACGCCUGCUGCGCCGCGGGGCGCCCGCACCCCCGCCUGGCCAAGUUGAUGAGCGAGGUGCCGGCGGAGAUUCUGGCCAAAUUCUACGGCUGCGGCGCGCCGCUGCCGCUGGGGAUCGAGGGCAAGCGCGUGCUGGAUCUCGGGUCGGGCUCGGGCCGCGAUUGCUACGUGGCCGCCGCUCUGGUCGGGGAGUCUGGCCACGUGACGGGGAUCGACAUGACGGACGAGCAGCUGGGUGUGGCGCGCAGCCACCUGGAGGCCUACACCGGCGCCCUGGGGUACUCGGCGCCGAACAUGAAGUUCGUGAAGGGCCACAUCGAGUUCUUGGAGGAUGCGGGCGUGGAGGGCGAGUCCGUGGACGUGGUGAUCAGCAACUGCGUCGUGAACCUGUCGCCGGACAAGCCUCGCGUCCUGCGGGAGGUGUACCGGGCGCUGGCGCCCGGCGGCGAAUUCUACUUCAGCGACGUGUACUGCGACAGGAGGCUGCCGGAGGGCGUGCGGAAAGACAAGAUUCUUUGGGGCGAGUGCCUUGCUGGUGCACUUUAUUACAAGGAUUUUGAGAGGAUGGCCAGGGAAACGGGGUUUGGCGAUCCAAGGGUGCUCUCAACGUCAAGGAUAACAGUUCAGAAUGCUGAACUAGAGAACCUUGUUGGGGAAGCAAAGUUCUACUCAAUUACCUACAGACUGUUCAAAAUCCCCAACAAGAUUGAGACCACAGAAGAGGAUUAUGGCCAGAUCGCAGUCUACAAGGGCACCAUCGAAGGCCACGAACAUGCAUACAAGUUGGACGACAGGUACCGCUUUGAAACUGGAAAGCCGAUGGCGGUGAGCGGCAACGUUGCUGCCAUGGUUGGCGAGGAUGGGAUCAGCUGGCUGUCUCCUCAUUUCCAGGUCAUUGGCGAACGAUCUGUUCACUAUGGAGUGUUUGGCGGUGGGCGCAUUGCCACUUCCUUUGACCCAGCGCCAUCCGCAUCUGCCACUGGUGCAAGCUGCUGUUAA